CCCCAUAUCUUUCAUUUAGAGCUCUCGGUGAAAGCCAUACUGGUCCAUCAAUAGUGUAUUGACCACCGUUUACCCGCCCAACCGUUUUUCAAAAUAUCUUUCCCACUCAGGUUCACGACCCGUCUCUUACGCACAAUGCCCUCCCCGGCCGUAGACCUUCUCAAGCAAAAGACAGCAAGCCUGCCGAAUGCCCCUAUCAGCGUCGUCGCUGCCAACACCUUUGUCCCUCCUACUCAGCCUGUGACGGCUGGAAACCAGCUGCCUACCUCUGUCCCUCUCCCUGUCCUGCCUGCAGUUGAAGCUGCCAAACGUUUGGCAGCAUAUGCCGCUGUGGACCGACACAUCGCACACGAGCACAAGGUCAUUGGUAUCGGAUCAGGAUCCACUGUCCCCUACGUCGUGGACAGAAUACUUGCUCAAGGGUUUGAAGCCAAUAAAGACCGGGUUUUCCUUCCUACCGGCUUCCAGUCCAAAGAGCUUAUCGUUAAAGCUGGCUUGACUUUGGGCGACGUGGAUCAAUAUGCUCGAAUCGACGUGACCAUUGACGGUGCCGAUGAGGUCGACAACGAGCUCAACUCCAUCAAGGGCGGCGGCGCUUGUCAGCUUCGUGAAAAGGUCCUCGCAGAGGCUGCUGAUACGUGGAUCAUCGUGGCCGACUACCGCAAGAACUCUGAAGUUCUCGGCACAUCUUGGACUAAAGGAAUUCCCAUCGAAGUCGUCCCCUUUGCGUACGCCAAAGUCCUCACCAACCUCGCCCACAUGGGCUCCCCACAUGUUCUUCCCAACGGUCAGCCUGGUCUUAGCUUGCGUAUGGGUAAGAUGAAGGCUGGACCUGUGGUCAGCGAUAAUGGAAACUUUAUCAUUGAUGCUCCCUUCGCUGAGGAAUUGAUGCGACAGCCUGAAGAGCUGUUGCACAAGAUCAAAAUGUUGACCGGUGUCGUCGAAGUCGGACUUUUCUGUGGCAUGGCCAAGGCUGCGUACUUUGGUAACGAGGAUGGCUCCGUUACAAUCCGUUCUGAUGACGGUACCAUUUCUCAGCUGUAAAAAGUCCCCCAAAGUCUAUCAUGUUAUUUCAUAUGGUAUAUUAUAUGUGUUCAACGAUGAAUAGAGAAGAGUCAGCGCACUCAUAAACAAUGGUACAACGCCUAGUCUUGCUUUAGAACUGCUGCCCAGGGGUUAAUUGCAAGGCUAUCGCCGUGUAUCUAUCGACUCUUUGCUCGUCCGCCCAUUGGAUUGACCAUGAUGCCACUUGUUGGAUGCAAGAUACAAGGAUAUCGCUGGCACAUAUUAUUGUAGCAGGACGAGUCAUUUGUUUGCAAUGCCCCAUCUAAGCGUUAUGCGGAUAGGGAAAAAAAGAGUAGUUUUCGUCUUACUUAAACUGGUAUACUUUUGCCUGUUCGAAUGAAACUAUAUAACGAACUAUGCAUACAACAAACAAGGAUGCU